UGUAUUUAGCUACUAACUGACGUGUGUUAAAGUUACAGUGCCGAUUAGCCGUUAAAUAACCGUUAUUUUUUUCAAGUUCAUUUGUUUUUUCGUGAAUAUUUCAACCAUUUUGUGAUGGCGUCUGGUAUUGGGGGUCGUGCGUGUAAUACCGAAUCUGAGGCGUCUACGAGUUCAAUUGAGUUUGGAAAACGACCGGCUCAUAUUAUGGAUGAUUUUGAGGCCGAUGGGCCUGUUGUCAAUCGUCACCUUUGUACUGAUGAAGUGAUCGCGAUGUGGAGUUUGACAAAACUUUAUAAAAAUUUAGGAAGUAAUGAGCAGUGUGUGGCAUUCGCUGAAGAAAAUGGUUUAAUGCAAUCUCAAAAGCUAUGUAAAACACAUCGUAUACCGAUGAAAAUAGCUAAAUCGACGAAUAAAUCAUUUGGUUCAUGGUUUUGUUCCAAAGGAAAUUGUAAAUCAAAAUCAAAAGUUCCCAGAAAUAGAGGAACGUUUUUUGAUAACAUUAAAAUAGACUUAGUACAUGUCUUCUAUUUGUUAUAUGCAUAUUCGAAGAAUUGGAGCUAUGACACAGCCAUCGAGGAAGAUCCCUUCAAAGAAAUCAGGAAGAAAUGUCUGAGUCGAACCACUAUCUGCGACUGGUACAAUUAUUGCAGGGAAACAAUAGUUAUUUAUCAAAUGGAAAAGAAUGAAGCUAUAGGGAAGAUUGGUGGUCCAGGGAAGAUAGUCCAGAUUGAUGAAUCAAAAUUUGGGAAAAGAAAAUACAACCGAGGGCGGCAUAUUGAGGGCCAUUGGGUCCUUGGUAUGAUAGCUGACAAUUCAGAAGAUCUGAGAUUGGAAGUGUGCCCGGACAAUAUCAGAUCUGCCGAUGUAUUAAUUCCUAUAAUACAAAAACAUGUAGAAGUUGGCACUACCAUUCACACCGACUCCUGGCGAGCAUAUGAUUGUUUGUCAGAACAUGGAUAUCAACAUAAAAAGGUAACUUACUCUGAUCCUGAUAAACCUUUUGUUGCUGAUGAUGGCACACAUACUCAAAGAAUUGAGUCUCAAUGGAGGGUGGUGAAAAGUUUUUUUAAGAAAGAUAAUUAUAAUUCUUGUUCUAACACUGAUAGUUUUUCUGACCAUAUUUAUGAAUACUUAUGGCGGCGAAACAAUAAAAAAUAUAGGAAAGACCCUUUUUUGGAACUCAUUAAAGCUAUAAAAUAUGUUUAUAAAUUAGACACUUAGCUGACCAGACGGGUCUUGUUUAGUGUUUAAUUUUUAAAUUACUGCUUAUUUUG